CGAGCCAAGCACCAUCGGCCGACGCCACCGCCGCGCCACCACCCGCGCCGCCACCGCCCUAUAUACACCGCCGCCGCAGCCGCCCUCCGUUACGCCGCCGCGACUUUUACCGGCCCGACGAGUUAAGCUCCGAGUCCCGGGGCAUAAGCCAAACGCGAACCGGAUACGUCACUCGUACAUAAUACACGCAACAAUCCGAUUAUUUUACGCGCGCGCCGCUCACGAUAUUUUUUACGUUUUUUGAGUUUUUGUUGUUUUACCUAUCUUCGCGUCUUCUCAUCGGUUUUCCUGGAUUUAAAGAACCGUGAUUUCCGAUUUAAUGUAUAAUAUUAUACACUUAUCUACCGUACAACCCACGCGCUACUUCGGCAGUGUAUGAUACAUACAAUAAAUUGGAAACCUUUACGUAUUUUUUAAAGGUGCCAGUUUUCCAUAUUUUUUACGAACUCGUUUGUUGCACAUAAUAUCUUAUAAUAAAUUAUCGUAUUUACAUUUCAAUAUUAUAUUAUUAUAUCGUUCCGAUCACGAUAUUUGUAUAUAUUAUUAAAUAAGAUUUAAAAUGAACCUAACCACAACUGAUUCAGAUCGGUCAUUUAUUUCAAUACAACAAUCUGCACAACCCAUUUUCUCAUUAUCUGAUCCAAGAAUGGGUAGUAUUCAUUUAAAUGCUGAAAGUGAAAAUCGAGACGCAGACUCAAGUUAUUCCAUGAGGGAUAGGCCGUUGUCGCUCUGCAUGUCGGCUGCUUGUGCCGCCCAACAGGUACCGGUGUCCUCGUCGAGAACGCCUCCGACUUCGGUCCCCCCAUCCUCGGGACAUUACUCGGUGGCAACCGGUGGCCAAGCUAUAGCUAAGACCAAGACACUGGGACUAACUUGCGUCGUGUGCGGCGACACGUCGAGCGGAAAGCAUUAUGGCAUAUUGGCAUGCAACGGUUGCAGCGGGUUCUUUAAGAGGAGCGUACGCCGCAAACUCAUCUACAGAUGUCAAGCGGGAACCGGAAGUUGCGUAGUAGACAAGGCGCACCGUAACCAAUGUCAGGCGUGCAGACUGAAGAAAUGCCUCAAUAUGGGCAUGAAUAAGGACGCUGUCCAAAAUGAACGUCAACCAAGAAACACAGCAACCAUACGUCCAGAAAAUCUAGCUGAUAUGGACCACGAACGAGUGAUUCGGGAAGCAGCUGUGGCGGUUGGAGUGUUUGGGCCAUGUCUUUACAGACCUCCGGUUUCAGUGGCGUUGGCAUUAUCUCCUCUAAGAUAUCAUCCCAACGGACCAAUGGCACCGCCAAGCAUACAGCAACGGCCUGCAGAACCGUCGCCGACUGCAUCUUCAUCGCCGAAACAAGAAUCCCACCACGAUGACCAAGACGAUGACGACAGUAUAGACGUGACCAACGAAGAACCGGAUACGUCCGACAACAAAAGGGCGUCGUCUUCGCCACCGGCGGUUCCGAUACCACUUACCCAACACCAUUCGAUGUACGAUCAUCAUCCGUCAUUCUAUCCUGGCCUACACGAGAACGUUUAUGAGACGUCCGCCCGUUUGCUUUUCAUGGCCGUCAAAUGGGCGAAAAACUUGCCGUCUUUUGCGUCUCUUCCGUUUAGAGACCAGGUGAUACUCUUAGAGGAAUGUUGGUCGGAAUUGUUCCUGUUGAACGCGGUCCAGUGGUGUUUACCACUAGAAAACAACCCGCUUUUCAACCCUUCGGAUCAUGUGGCGGCCAUACCAAACGGCAAAGCCAGCCAAGUGGCAGCCGACAUACGCGUACUCAAUGAAACCCUACGACGAUUCAGAACCAUCAGUGUCGACCCAGCCGAAUUUGCUUGCAUGAAGGCUAUUGUUUUAUUUAGAGCCGACACACGGGGAUUGAAAGAUCCAAUACAAGUGGAGAACCUGCAGGACCAGGCACACGUCAUGCUCGGUCAACACACCAGGAACCAGCAUCCCGGUCAGCCGGUCCGGUUCGGGCGGCUGCUAUUGAUGUUGCCAUUGUUAAAAAAUGUACCGGCCGCCCGAAUCGAGGCCAUAUUUUUUCAGCGGACUAUCGGCAACAUACCGAUGGAAAAAGUCUUGUGCGAUAUGUACAAGAACUAAUGACUUAGCUGACAACGAAUAAUAAUAAUAAUAAUAAUAAUAAUAGUCCAACACUCGUGAUAUAAUAAUGUAUUCCUAAUGACUAAUGCAGUAACCUACCUACGUCAUACACCGCGUUAUCACGUAUAACUUAUAACUUAUAAGGAAUAACCUAACCGGUAUAGGUACUUAUUUAUUAAUACAGUGGCUUUCAUAAUAUAGAUGAAACUACGUAUAUAUAUCUACACCUAUAUUAUACUAUAUUACUAUUAAACUACUACCUAUCACCUAUGUAUGAAAUAUGAACCUAUUGUGAUAUAUUUCGUGGGACUGCUAGACCUCUUGUAUAAAAUAUAAAUUUACCUUAUGGGAACUUUGUAAGAGGAAUAUGCUUGGUUUGGUCAUCUCUCGGCACACUCAUAUUGUUACGCUCUAUCGUGUAUUCGUGUCCAAACCAAUUCAACAUGAAAUAGGUAACGUACCUAGUGGCUAAUAAUAAUUAUAUCUACUCGUACUUAAUAUAAACAUGUGUUUAGGUUUCAAAAAUUAAUUUUUAUUUUAUUUAAUACAAACUCAUUGUGAACGUUUAAAUUUUAGUGAUAAUUUCCACUUAGCCAUGGAUAUAUAUCGUCAGUAGCGUACUUAGACUUGAAUUUUAGGGAGGGAGUUAAUUUUUAAAUAAACAAUUUGAAUGACCAAAAUAUAUUAUUAGAUUUUUCAUAAAAAACUAAUUUUUUUUAAAAAUCUCGAGUCUAAUACUGUCUAGCGAGACAAUUUACGAUUUAAGUUCCUGUAUAGCUUGAUAAUAAUAAUAUUUAUAUUACGAGAUAAUAAGUCGUAUAGUUAUAUACCAAUCACGGUCUUAGAAAACUUUCCGUAAUGCCAAUAAUAAUAAAACUAGUUUUUUUUAUCUCUGAACGUUAAAAAUGUGAAAUAGUUGAAGUUCGUAGUUACUUGGUAUGAACUAUUUCUAACGUCUGCUCAUUAUAUUUAAAAUUAAGUUGUAAAUAAAUUACAUGAAUAAUAAAAUUAAUUGUAUUUGUUGCAUCCUUUAGAUCAUUAUAAUUAUAGCAGAUCACACGUUAGACCAUAACUUACUAAUUAUGAUAUAUCUAUUGUUGUUGGAACGAAUAAUCACUUGCGUAUUUAGUGGUGUAGCCGAGAGAGCAGCCUUCUAGAAAAAUUUAAAAAUGCUUUCAUUUUUCUAUGAACGUAUUACUUAACUAUUUAUAAGACUUGGCCACACAUAGAAAUUUUAAUUUCUAUGAUGAUUGAUGGAUGAUUGCUGUAAAUAACUUUGAACCAUUAUACAUAUAUCACUGCGGUUCUUUUUAAAUUCAACCACCAAAAAUUUUAAAAAUGUUCAUUUAGAGUACCUAGUAGACAAUGUCGGACUGGACAACCUUUUUAAUAAAAAAAAAUUUACGUCAUUAUUUAUUACUAUUUCUAGUUUAGUUGCUUUAAUUAGGUUAUAAUUUAACCUAAAUAAUCACGAAAAUAUAAGUAUGCACAAAAGUAAAAUCGAAUAUUUAUAAUUAUUUACUAUGUAAAUUUGUUAUUUUUAUAAUUAUUUUAAUGAUUAUGGUUUAAAUACUUGUAUGAAAAUGUCGGUAUUAUUUUGAAUUAACAAUAGGGCGUUAAUAUCACAUGUGACCUUUUAAGAACCACUGGUAAACCAAAUUGUGAAAAAUAAUCAACCUCCCUAUACAUACAAACAACCACUAAAAUCGCAAAUCUUGGCAAUGGCACAGCAAGGUAUCAUACCUACCUACUUACUUCCCAUUUAACAAUGAAGACAUGACUUUUUACUAUUUUUCUGUUUUUUUCACGUGAUGUUAACAAUGAACAUGUCGUAUGAUAAAUAAGUAGGGACGCAUUUUACAUGCACAUGUAGCACGAUUACGUAAUUAACGAAUAGCGAUAUAGUAUGGUAUAAAAUAGAAUAAUAGAUGACAAAAUAUGCUAAACAUAAAUAAAAUCUGUAGCUCAUCAAGUCUAAAACUACUGGUUUUAGAUCAUUUGGUAAUUUAGUAAACACAAACUACUUAAUCCAAAUUAUUAUUACUCAUUAUUUGACUACAGUAUUAUAUUAUGGUACAAUAUUAUUAGUUGGUUAAUGGUUAUUAAAAAAAAAAAUUAGUAAAAGUAUUCAAUCGUAUACAAUGUUCACUAUAGAUAGGGUUGGGUAAGAUACUCAAAAAAUAGUAGAUACAACAUAGUAGAUAGGUACAUGAAGUAUGAACCAAAGAUACCUGCAUGGUGCAUGAUACUUUUAUAUUUCCAAUUAAAUUGUAUUAAAUAUUAAACUGUCUAUACAUAAAUACAUACAGUUAUAAUUAAUAAAAAUAAUAGUUAAAAGUACCUAAAAAAUAAUAUUAAUAGUUCAAUUCAAUAAACAUAAAUUUAUAUUUUUAUAAAUAAUACAUUACUAUAAUACAUAGUUCACCAUUACAUUUUAGUUUUUAUGGGUAUAAAUUUUACACUUAUUUCUAAGUAAUGAAUUCAUAUUUUAUGAGAACAAAAAUUCCAUUUUAAUGCUUAUCUGUAUGACUGUAGAUAGGUAUACGGACACCUUAAUUUAAUUUUAUGUUUUUUAAAUUACCUUACAAGUUAUAAUAUUGUAUGGUAAUUUUUUUCAUUAUCAUUAAUUGUGGCUUGACACACACACAAAAUUACCAUAAUUGUUAUGUUUAUUUUAAGUUUUGAGUAUUUAUCCUGCAAAUAUAAUUCAAAUUGUUUGGUACUAUUUAGUAGAAAUGUUUACAAUAAUAGUAUUUUGUAUCUUUUUGAAAAAUAAAAUACAAGAUACAAUUGCAUCUUUGAUACUGCCCAACCCUGACUAUAGAUCCUCUAUCGAUAGAUAAAGACAAGUGUACAACUGUAAUGUCACAAUAAUGAUCAAUAUAUCACGUUUUUUUUAAUGCUAUAAAAUUAUAAACUAUACCCGAUGUUAAUUUUUUUUUAACCAGUAAUUACAACUUUAUGUUAACUGAUUUGACUUUACUUAAUUUAAGCUCACAGAGUCACAUUCUUUAAUAUCUAUAUUAAGUAUAAUUACUAAGCACCAACAGCUUUUUUUGUCAUGGUGUGUAUUUAAAUUCCGAUUUGUUUCUAGAACUAUAAUAUAGUAAAUAGUUAUCACAUUAUUAAAAUGUCUAACUCAUUGUAUUUAUGUUGUAAGUAUUACAACAUUUUUGUUUUCAGACACAUUUCAAUUAAGCUAUAAAAAAAAAUUUAUAAUUUGUUUAAUAUAUCUUUGUAUAUAUGUAUAUACAGGUAUAUACAUGUAUUAAUUGUAUAUUAUAAAAUCAAUAAUAUUAAUAUAUUACCUAUUAUAUUAUUAUUAAGCUCUGUUGUUAUUGUUGUUGUUAUUGUUGUUGCUGUUGCCAUUGCUAUGUUUGAUGUAUUUAAUUAUUUUAUGCUUAAAAUAAUUAACAUAUUACCAUA